AUGCCGUGCCGCCCUGGUGUGCGAGAACUGCAAAGCACGGAAGAAAAAGUGCGACAAGCGUCUUCCGCGUUGCGGAUACUGCCAGGAGAAGAAGCUGACCUGCAAAUACUCCCGCGCCAUCACAAUGCCGUCCUGGAGGCCAGCCGACGGCUUGACGGCCUGGAUCCGAUUGUGCGGUCUUCACUCUUUGCCCAGGUGCAGAGUUCGUCUUUUUCCGGCAACCUCAUCCGGGCGGGUGUCCUGCUGGCCGUGUACGAAUAUGCCCAUGGUAAGCCGGAUAGUGCGUUUGCCUCUAUUACGGGUUGUGCGCGCAUGGCAUAUGCGGCUGGCAUCCGCCAACAUGCCAAGGGUAACUGCGAGGAAGCCAACACAUGGUGGGCAGUCGUCAUCUAUGAGCGGUAUGCAUAG